AUGAAGCUCAUUGCACAACGAGGCACAGUUUUGACGAUCUCCAACAGCUCAAAGAAGGCCAUGCUUUGGGUCUACAAGUACAUGCAAGCCAGCGAGCAUGAUUCCGUGGGAAUACACCUUCGAGGCGCUCGAAUCCAACGCUUUGACAUCUACCAGCACUGCGGCUUUCUCGAAUGCGACUCAUUGAAGAAGCGUAUCUUUAGUCGACUGAAGAGCGAGUUUUACAACGCUCUGCCUAUUGUCGACGAGAUCGAGCUAUACCAGACUUCAAUUCCAACCGACCGCGAGAUCGAAGUGGUCAAGAAUGGCGAAGCUCUGGCUACGUGCGAUCGCGAGGUGCGCAAGGGCAAGAAGAUGCGUACAAAUCUCAUCGUCUAG